AUGUGUAUAUUUACCACUAAUAUUAUCUAUCUAUCUAUCUAUCUAUCUGUCUAUCUAUCUAUCUAUCUAUCUAUCUGUUGUAUAUCUUCAAGCCUCUUGGAAUCGGCCGGCCUUUGUUUGUUCGUGUUUCGACAGCUGGAGAAGCAUGCUGCCAUCUCAAAUAUAACAUUCCUCAACAUGGUUUUCUUCUUCACAAUUCUUUAUAACGUUUACCGAUGCUGCCGGAUCGGUGUAGCUCGAGUGAAAGAAUGGUUUGUUCUCUUUCUGGUGGCAAUGCUUUUUGAGGUGACCGGCAUUGGUCUUAGCUUUUACGCGAGUCUUCAAACGGCUUUCAAAGACGACCUCAAUGAUUUCAUCGAGUUGGUUGGUGCUGUUUUACUCAUCUCCGUCGCUUGGAUCCCAAGCAUCAAAAAACGACAACUCCAUACCCAUAAUCCAAAUCUGCAACAAAGUGACAGUCCUCUUGAUGAAAGCAUAUUCCGAAUGAAAUCGAAAACGACAAGGUGGAAGGCUGGAAUCAUCUCGUCUUUCUUCAAGAUUGUCUUCAUUUGCUUAAUCGCUGGUGGCUUGAACCAAGAAUUUGUAAAUGACUUAUUUAGACAAAAGAAUAGCAUUUGGCACUGGCAGACGAACACUUCUCUGCAAACUCCCUUCCUAGUGAAUCUUAUAUCAAGCUUCAGUGGGUUCUGCUUGGCAUUCCUUACAUGUCACAUGUCCCUCGAUAUAGGAGCUUUCGCCUUGCCUAUUUUCCUCUCAACCCCCAUUUCUACGAUGCUUUUCUUAAUUCCCGACGCCUGCCAAACUCUGGUCAUCAUUGACGAUCGCAUGUCUCCGGCCAUUUGCUAUCAAACGAUCGAUGCCAGGGAUUCAUUGAACUUCAUAUUGUCAUAUAGCGGACUGGCCUUCCUCAUCGUCGCUGAGAUAUUAGCCACGUGGUACAUUGUGUGGAAAAGAGACACAGCAAUUUUACCAAAUGAAUCCCAGGUAGAUUGA